AUGGCCACCUAUGUUAAGAACUUUUUUCGCGCAAAACGGCGGAAAACUGAUUCAUCCUCGGAAGAAAGUGAUCUCCACUUACCGCCCCGCCCACCGUCAUCAUCUGGAGCGUCGACGUCAUCAUCAGCCGGCGUCUUUCUGAGUCCCUCGUCAACAGCGAAUUCGAUUGAUUUUAUGAUUGGAACGACGACGACUACGACGAUGACGUCAUCUCCAUCGACGUCAUCUGUUCUCGCUCCUCCCCUUCCUCUAUCAGUUGUAUCGAUUCGAACGGGAUCUGGAGUAGGGAUUGGUCACAGACGGCAGCAUUCUAGUCCUGGACACCUGCAACAGUACCAACAAGAACUCCACUCUCGACACGCUGCGAACAUCGCCAGAAUCGCCUCGAGAAGACGUCGGAAUACGGAGGAUCACGAUCCGAAUGAGAGGCCACCCAAGUUUAAGCAUCGAAGUCCCUACUAUCAAAGCAGUGGUUCCCUCGCCCACUCCGAUAUGCGAAUGAUACUAAUCGAAGCGGAAUCGCGUGUGCUCUACGACACGGCUACAGUAAUCCCCGUGAGAUACGGUAUCCAUCCGGCGAAACGAUCCCUCUCGGCGUGUGGAGAAUUUCAGUUUUUGAGACGGCGAAAGGAUACGCAGAAAUUGUCACAAAUGAUAUUCGGUGCGGUGCCGAAUCUGAAAACGAACGAGUCGUUCAGGAUUCAUGUGUUAGAAGACCAAGAGACAAUUCUCGUCAGCAAGACAUUCGCCAUUCCAAAGAGCCGAAAAGGAGCCCUUCCACCACCUGCCGCCGCCACCGUCCUCCGUAACCAUCUUCUCGACGCAGCGGCGACGUCAUCUGAUUCAGAUUCCCAAAGUACCGUCAAAUCGCUCGACGGAUGGAGAACUCGAACAUCGAAAUCGAUAAUGACGACACCGGAGGGAUUCAAUCGUGUCCGUCACAUAUCGAUCACUUUUGGAGAGGACGAUUCAUACGAUUCGCAUCAGAAUUUGUUCGGAUCGCCCGGCGGAUCAUCGUCGAUGAGUUUGCCGAGAGCGUUCUCACCGCCUCAUCGGAUUUCGAAGGCGAGAAGAAGGCAGAUGGCUGUGACGACUAGUUUGAGUGAGACUUCGGCCGUUCCAAUACCAUCGUCACUGAAAGCGCGUUCCCGAAUGAGUUCGAUGAGUUCCUCGCAAGCAGACGACACAGACGGUCAUCCGAUGUCAAUGCAGAAUAUGCGAAACGUCGCCCUGGGAAUUCUGGUUCCAAUCCAACAGAGAUGUUUCCUAAUGCAACACAUACCACUCAUCGAAUCGGAGAUGUCUCGUCUCGAGACACGAAUCAUAAACGCCGCUGGCCAUCCGUCGACAUUUCUUCAGAAUAUCUCGAAAUCGUGGGAGGAACUGACUGAGAUCAUAUGCCAACUGCAUAAUGCACCACGACUGAAACAUCCGUAUUGGUUGGCACUGAAUGAGAAGUGCCAUCUGGAUGGACGGACGUUGGCGACGGAGUUUUGUGAGCAGCUGGCGUAUUUGGUGCGGAAAUACGAUAGAAAGGAGGCUGGAUAUUUCCUAUCCAACCUGGUCACCGCCCUUCUCAUGCAUCACAUGUCGUGGGUCGCCAGUGUCGCCUCCCCACCGCUCGUCAAUAUGGAUCGAAAACAAAAGCAAAACACCCUCUUCGGAAUGAACUCGAAAGAAGGCGCUCCGACGGUCGGCUAUAACGCCCUCAUGGCUCAAUAUCUCGAAAUUUCGGGAGCCUGCGGAAAUAUGAGAUCAGCAAAGUUGUGUAUUCUCGGCGAUGAUGUCGAGAUUCUCGCCUCCGUUUGCUCCGUUCUUUCGUUCUUUAUUCGAUGCUCCGCAGUACAACAUAUUGACAGUGACAAGAUGUGGGAAGUGCCAACCGAACAACCGUUCUCGCCAAUCGACGUUUCCGGAUCGCCCGCCUCGAUGCUCGGAUGUGCCCAUCAUCAUCAGAAUCUGAAUAAUUUGAUAAAAAGUCAGAAGACAAACGGUUUCAUUGCGAAUGGAUCGGCGACGACACCAUCCGGCUCUACCGUAAUCCUGAAUCCACAUCAUCCCGAGGAGACGUCGUCGGUGGCAAUGAUGCGACGACUUCGAAAUAACAAUAUGAUGGAUGAGAAUGCGCCGUCGACGUCGACAGCCGCCGCGUUGUUGGAUGCUGAUGUGGCGAUGAGUACUGAGAUCACGGUAAUUUCGACCACGCACUCGCACAGCGUCUGCGUGAUCGAUCGAGUCGACUUUCCGUGUUGUCCGACAAUCGCCGACGCAGAGGACAUGUGGGUUCCACGACCGAAUUCCGAGGGACUCGGGCGGUCGAUGUUCGCUGGACCACUCGACAACUAUUGUCCGCAUUUCGUGUUGUCAGCGUUGAUGAAAAGCAAUGCGAAUAUGCCCGACGUUUAUUCGAGAAUGUUCGACGAAGUGCGUUGCAACGACUCUCCAUGCCACCGCUCCUCAACCACAUCCACCACAAUCCACCACCAAUCAGUCGCCUCCUCCUCCUCUCAAUCCACAUCGUCCAUCUGUGAUCCAUCGAAUCCGGAGAACGUCCUAAUCGUCGCCGACAUUGAACAGAUGACGGUGAAAGUGUUAUCAUCUGAAGGCUCCGACGAGGUGACGUCACCCUCUGAAUCCGUUGUCGCUAUGUUGGAGCAAUUCGUGGGGAUUCAUGAUGCGGUGCCGGCGACUGCCGAGUUUCUCGUCGGAAUUAUUGAGGACUCGUUGGCUCAUAUCGUUGGAAAGAGUCUCACGUUGGUUGAGCUCGUCAGAAGUGAUCAAUCGAAACACCCGAACUCUCCACAACUGACACCGGACCGCGUGCGUACCAUAAUCGGUUGCGACCAUUCGGAUCUCCGUCUCAUUGUGAAUGUGGCCGCCGUCUACUGGCCGCCCGUCUUGCAAUCCGUUUUGGGAUAA